AUGAAAGUCGUUAUCCAACGAGUGAAAUCGGCGUCCGUUAGUGUCGACUCGGAAUUGAUCUCAUCUAUCGGCAAAGGACUUCUCGUGUUUGCCGGCGUUGGCAAAGAGGAUACCGAGAAGGAGGCUGAGAACCUGGUGAAUAAGGUGCUGAAGGCUAAAUUUUGGCCUGACGAGAAUGGAGCACAAUGGAAAAAGAACGUUCAAGACAUUGAGGGUGAAAUUCUAUGUGUUUCUCAAUUCACCCUCUACGGCAAGAUGAAAGGCACCAAGCCCGAUUUCCAUGAUGCAGCGGGCCCGGGACCAGCACGCAAGCUCUAUGACCACUUCUACGCGAAAAUGUGCGAUGGCUAUCAACCGGACCGGGUCAAAAAUGGUGUCUUCCAGGCAAUGAUGGAGGUCGAACUAAAGAAUGACGGGCCGGUGGGUGUAGACUACUGCAGCGAAGACGCGGCGGUACAUUUUGCCUUCCUGGCUCCUUUCCUCGCCGCAAAUGACCUUAUACUGACUGGCUUUUAUUGUAGGUCACCAUUGAAAUCAACACCAACCUCCCCCAAAAAGGAACCCAAGGACAAGAAAAAUGACAAGACGCCGGAUGAGCAAGAGUUGAAGGGAUCAUAUGAAUUCCAAAUACCGGCUGAACUUUUGCAAUGA